GAAUUUCCCUCUCUCUCUCUCUCUCUCUCUCUCUCUCUAACGCGCCAUUCCCACGUUUCCUUUCUUUAACCUCUCUCUUUGUUCAAAGCUCGUUAGCCACCAAACCCCACGUCUUUUCCAACACAUUUGACAAGGAUCGGAGACAGUACCAAACUCAUUUUCUCACGCAGAGACCGAUUCUAGAGAGAUGUUGGAGCUGUGCAGGGGACCAUUGGGGAGGUGCUUUGGUGGAGGAAGGGAUAGGGAUGGGCUUCUGUGGCACACGGACUUGAAGCCCCACGCAUUAGGGGACUACUCCUUCGCCGUGGUGCAAGCCAACUCGUUUCUCGAAGACCAGGGACAAGUUUUCACCUCUCCUUCCGCUACCUACGUCGGUGUCUACGACGGCCAUGGCGGCCCCGAAGCUUCUCGCUUCAUCACCCACCACCUUUUCCCUUUCCUUCACAAAUUUGCAACAGAAGAGGGUGGAUUGUCAGAGGACGUUAUCAAGAAGGCAUUUGAUGCCACAGAACAGGAAUUCUUACACCUGGUGAAGCGAUCUUGGCCGGCUCAACCGCAGAUUGCUUCAGUGGGUUCAUGUUGUCUCGUUGGGGCAAUUUCGAAUGAUGUUUUAUAUGUGGCUAAUCUUGGGGACUCGAGGGCUGUUCUGGGUCGCAGAGGCUCAGGAAUGGUUAACAGUCCGGUGGUGGCAGAGCGGUUAUCUACUGAUCAUAAUGUAGGAGUGGAGGAGGUGAGGAAAGAAGUCAAGGCGCUUCACCCUGAUGAUUCACACAUUGUGGUGUAUUCCCGAGGAGUUUGGCGAAUCAAGGGCAUUAUUCAGGUCUCAAGAUCAAUUGGAGAUGUAUAUCUGAAGAAACCUGAGUUCAACAGAGGUCCUCUUUUUCAUCACUUUGGUCCACUCAUUCCUUUAAAAAGACCUGUAAUGACAGCGGAACCCUCAAUAGUGAUUCGGAAAUUAAACCCAGAUGACAUGUUUUUGAUAUUUGCAACGGAUGGUCUCUGGGAACAUUUAAGUGAUGAAGCAGCUGUUGAAAUUGUCUUAAAAAAUCCGAGAGUUGGAAUAGCAAAGCGAUUGGUGAGAGCUGCCAUUCAGGAAGCUGCAAGGAAAAGAGAGAUGAGAUAUGAAGACAUAAAAAGAAUUGAAAGGGGGGUAAGGCGUCAUUUUCACGAUGAUAUUACUGUCAUAAUCAUGUAUCUGGAUCAUUCACGAGGUUCUUCUGUAAACGGUGGAUACAAGGAUCACUGCCUCGUCGACUGCACUAGUGCCCCUGUAGAUAUCUUCUCCCUAAAUACAGAUGCGGAUGAGGCAGAGGUCUCACUUCAUGCUGUCUCCUAAACGGAACCAUAAAUAACAAUAUCUGGUAAUCUGUACUCAAAAGUUACAAGUUACUAUAGGAAAAGGUACGUCUGGCUGGAAGACAGGACAGGGUUUGAGAAUCAAUAUCACAGGAGGGGGGUUUGUACAUAAUAUAGCGAAUGAGGGUUUUACAUAUUGAAGCUGCUGCUGACUUCCCAGCUUGGGUUUAGGCGGCCUCGUUUUGCAUACCUUUAGUUCUGGGAACAGUUUUUGUGAAUUAGUUUGUUCUUAAUUUCUUUUUCCCUUCAAUAUUAUGCUUAUUGGAAAUAUUAGUUUAGGCUUUUGGAUUGAGUAUCUUUGUUAUGCUUGUAUAUGUAUAUACAGGAAAUGUACAAGAGGAAGAUUUAGUUUAGGGCUGCAAAUGAACAAAGCAGCUUAUGAACUCAUAUAUACUUGGUUCGAAUUCAGCUCAUUUAAUAAAUGGGAUGUGCAUAAACUAAUAUUGGCUC